UAUAUUUAUUCCCCCUCCUCAAUUGAACUUGUUAACUUGUGUUCUGUGAAUUCUGUGAUUGUAUGUUGUAAUCAUUGUGUCGUAAUGAUAUAAUUCAGUGAAAUGUCAAAAGGGAUGUCGUACUUUGGGCACUUUGCAUAUUCCAUUCGAGGCAAAUAUUGUUCAAUUAAGAAAUUCACCAAUUUAAAAUAUGAAGAAUGGAACGUUGAUUGCGUUGAGGUUGAUUGAUUGAUUGAUAAAUUUGCGAUACGAGCACGUUCCGAAUCAAAAUCAUACAUAUCAGUUUGCAAUAUCCUGCAUUUCGUAGUAGACGCUCGCUCGUUCAAUAAAAUAAACAUCGCAUCAAAUAUUGUUUAGUUUUAAAAUAUUUUUCUUAUUAAAUUCGGAUUUAAUUUAUGGUUAAUCAUCGUGUCAAUUUGUAUGAGGUAAAAGAAAUAAGUUCAAGUUCACGGCCUUUGCGCGAUUUCAUUAUUCCGAGUGUGUUCUGUGCUGUCACCGCAGCUGUCACUUGUUGCUUUUUUUAACGUCAGUCGGUCAUCCGAUGACGUACUGUUUGAACGUCUGAGUUCGUUGCCGGCGCGGGCUUCUAGCAAUUUGCUUCAAAUCGCGUUUAUUCAAUUACAAAUUAUCAUCUUAUAUACGUACGGAUGCGCAGGAGCAAGAGGCAGUUGCUUUGCCCACGACCGGAUAUAGUGAAUCAAAUUUUAUUUAGUUUAAAAAAAGUGGUUGCCGCUGAGUGCGUUCGCAGCGUUUGUUUUGAUUAAAAAUUGCAAUUGUUUUGUAUUAAAUCUACUGUGAGUCAGCAAUAAAAAUGAAAAUGCAGAAUGCCAAAGAAGAAACUUCAGACGACGAGUCUGGAUUGGGCUACCAGAACACAUUGAUGUAUGGUCGCUACCAGCGUGACCUAAGCGAAGCGGCCAGAGAGGAAGCCAGAAGACUGCGCAGACUCCGUAAGAAGAGGCGGAAAGACGACAAACUACGACAGAAAGAGUUAGAGGCGACUGGGAAACACCGGCCCAGGGGAAAGAUCUUUAAGGUUUUAGGUGAGCAUAUCCUAAGUCUGGCAAUACUGUUCAGUUAAAAUAUAGCAAUGAACGCGACGCUCUUAUGACGUACAAAUAAACUUUUUGAAGUAGGUUUUAUUUUAUUGAACCUGUGUCAAAUAUAGGCAAAAUGUUAUUAUGAUUAAACUUAUUUAACAGAUGGAAGGACGGAUAGACAGACAGAUACUCUAGUGAUUCUAAUGAAGGUCCCAUAUUUUGUUUUUAGUAUUGUGAACUAAAACUGAUGAUAGGAGGUCAUAUGGCACUUUAUAGGAAUGAUGUGAAGUGUGUGGCAGGUUACCUGUGGAGGCACACGUUCGCUAGGCUCGGCGAGGACUGGGUGUUCCUGGCGUUACUGGGCAUCAUCAUGGCGGUCCUCAACUUCGCCAUGGACAGGGGCAUCGCUAUAUGCAAUAAUGCUCGCAUGUGGAUGUACAAGGACCUGGCAUCGUCCACAUUCAGUCAGUACGUGGCGUGGGUGUCGCUGCCAGUAUGUCUAAUACUUUUCGCCUCUGGUUUUGUUCACAUCGUCGCCGCACAGAGCAUAGGGUCUGGUAUACCAGAAAUGAAGACGAUCCUUCGUGGCGUCCACUUGAAGGAAUACCUCACGUACAGGGCUCUGAUUUCGAAGGUCAUAGGGCUGACUGCCACUCUCGGGUCUGGUCUGCCACUCGGUAAAGAGGUAAGUAGUCAUUUUACUGGAAUAAAAAUCAAUCAGGAUACAAAUUUUAAUGUUGUGUUAAUUAUUAUAAAUCUUAGACACGUCAUUUUCUUAAUUCUUUUUUUUUUUUGUAAAUAAGAGAAUCAAAAUUUGCGUUACCUAUGAAUAUGAUGAUUUUUUAAUAAUAGAAAAUAUUCGAGUUUAUAUCUCGACAGGUAUUGAUGGUUUUCCUCACGGCCAGGGUCCGUCGGUGCACAUAGCGUCUAUGGUGGCGAGCCUGCUGUCGAAGCUGGUAACAACAUUCCAGGGCAUCUACAGUAACGAGUCCCGCACCAGCGAGAUGCUGGCCGCCGCCUGCGCCGUGGGUGUCGCCUCCUGCUUCGCCGCGCCUGUCGGGGGUGACGUAGCCACUUUCUACCAUUUUCUUCUAAUGGAUUCUUUUUUCUAUCUAACCCUUCAAUUUUCAGUCGAUUUUAUUCGUAUUUAU